AAACCUCAAGGCUAUCAAAUGGUUAAUUUCUGGGUUUGUCUUUGUUUUGCUUCUGAUCUUUCACAGGAAUGAGGUCUAAAUCAUCCAAGGAUACAGACAGGAAAGAUGUUGCGAAGAGCAACAUUUGUUCAUAACUCAACAAGACGCAGAUACUCUCCAUAUGGACGUGCGGAUAGACAACGGGGCCAUUCAGAAAGUGUGCAAAACCUGAAAAAGGCUGAAUGGGAUAGAGUUGUUCAGCAGCAUCCCGUGCUAGGUCUGAUUAUUUCUGGUCUGCUUCCACAUACCAUUGUUGGAGAGCCUGGCUUUUUACAAUUUUUCCAAUCUAUAAAGUAUAAUUGUUUACCAACUGACUUUAUACUCUCAGAGCUUAAAACAUUGCACAUAAUAUCAACAGGAUUUGUGCAAGACCAACUUGAAAAAGUGCAUAAUGUCGCACUGUCGUGUGAAUUAUGGAAAACCACUACAAACAAAACGUAUAUGACUACUACUUGUCACCUGAUCGAUGACGCAUGGACUCAAAUGUCAUUUGUUUUAGAAACCACACCCCUCCCUGAAGGGUACAAACCUAACAAUGUUGUUGUACAGCUUUUCAGAAUAGCAAGAAACUGGAGAAUUGAAAAUAAGAUUAAAGUGGCCAUUACAAAUGUUGAUGGGGUGAAAAUGGAAUUGAAAAACUAUGGAUGGGAGCACAUACCUUGUUUUGCCCACACACUAGAUGUUGUCUUCAAAAAAACACUUGAAGCGUCCUCAGACUGGAAAGGGCUUAUUACAAAAUGUUGUGAUAUAGCACAGUAUUUUUCUCAAAAUUUUGAAGCACGGGCUCAACUCAAAGUGCAACAAACAAAGCUUCAGUUGUCGCCAGAUAAUCUGAUUGAGUCAAAUGGUGAUCAAUGGCUUUCUACACUGAAAAUGCUAGAAAGAAUCACAGAGCAACACAAAGCCAUAUGGGAAGUAAUUAUUUUAACCGAGUCGGAAAAUGAAGAGAUAAAAAAGGCAAUAGCAUGCCUCAGAGUGUUCCAGGGUGUCAUGACGGCAGCCGAUACAGCAAAGCGAUAUAAUUUACUGUCAAGCGCUAUACCACAGGUAGAGGACAUGAAACAGAAACUAAGAGAGUUGGAGCUGAGCGAAAACAAGUUUGCUAAGGACUUAGCUGAAUCGUUUAUUCAUUUUGGUGAAAUCAAAGAAAAUGAUUGGCUAAAACUAAGCACAGCACUUGAUGUGAGAUACAGAGACAAUGUGCUCUCUGAGAAGGUAAACUUAACAUGCAUAAAGACAAAGAUAAGGGGAGAAAUGCUUGAGACUCCAGUAAGCUUAAGACAGCCAAACAAUUUGGACGAAGCUCUAAACAGGUACUUUAAUAAAGAAAGGAAGGGUUGGGAUCCCCAUGCAUUCUGGAAAUUCCCAAAAGAUGAAGACUUGCACUUAAGUGAAGUUGCACGCAAAUACCUGACUGCUGUAUCUACCGCAAUGCCAGCGGAGAUAGCUUUUGACAGUGAAAAAGCCAGUUUAGUGGCCAGUCGAAGAAAUAGCUUGGAUCCACAACACCUAAAUAUGAUGUUGUUUCUAAAUGGCAACAGUUUUGAGUUAUCAGCAACAAAAUCUCGUAAAUGCGAAAUUUAUAACCUGUUUGAAGUACUCAACAUUUGAAAUAAUCCAACAAAGGGUCUUGUUCUAAAGGGUCAAGAAGCACAUUUAAAUGUGUGCAAUUAAUAAAUGUAAAUGAUGCAUAAUUAAAACAAGUUUUUGCUUUUUUUUUUGCAGAAAUGCAAAUUUUAUUUUAAUUUUUUUAGGACCUGUUGGGUCUAUGUCCCUUUAUAAAAUCUAUAUUGAUUCCACUAGGUGGCAGUAAAAAUGAAAAAUAAUUUUAUAUUACCUUCCAAACAAAAGUUAUUGAGAUAUAACAUACGCAAAUACCAAGUAAAUAAGUAAAAGGUUGUAUUAGCUUAAACAAAAUACUUCAAUUGGUAACACCUAAAAUAUUAAAUUUUUUACGACUCAAUUUUCUUACUUUAAGUGAAAUUUUUAAGUUGAGAAAGGUUACAUUUUUAAGUGUUACCAAUUGAA